GGGGAGCGAACAAUUUGGGACUUUAUUUUUUUGAAAAGAAUUUUCGGAAAGGGGGAUUUUGUCCAAUUAAAAAAAGAGGAAUGAAGUCUGGCGCUGGAGGAGGGUCCCUCGCCGUCUUCUGGGGGUUUCUGCUCGUCUUCGCCGCGCUUGGUCUGGGGCCGACAAAUGGGGAAAUUUGUGGGCCAAAUGUUGACAUUCGCAAUGAUAUCCAUGAGCUGAAACGCCUGGAGAACUGUACGGUAAUUGAGGGUUUCCUUCAAAUUCUGCUCAUCUCUAAAGCAGAGGAUUACCGCAACUUCCGCUUCCCAAAGCUCACUGUCAUAACUGACUAUUUGCUGCUGUUCCGUGUGGCAGGCUUGGAAAGCCUCAGCGAUCUCUUCCCCAACCUCACAGUUAUUCGUGGGAGGAACCUUUUCUACAACUAUGCCUUGGUUAUCUUUGAAAUGACAAAUCUUAAAGAGAUUGGGCUUCACAACUUGAGGAACAUAACUCGCGGGGCCAUACGGAUUGAGAAGAACUCUGACCUGUGUUACCUCUCCACGGUGGACUGGUCUCUCAUCCUAGAUGCGGUGUCCAAUAACUACAUUGUUGGGAAUAAACCUCCAAAGGAAUGUGGGGACUUGUGUCCAGGAACAAUGGAAGAGAAGCCAUUGUGCGAGAAGACCUCUAUUAACAAUGAGUACAACUACCGCUGCUGGACCACCAACCACUGCCAGAAAAUGUGCCCCAGCUCAUGCGGCAAGCGAGCCUGUACAGACCAAAAUGAGUGUUGCCAUCCCGAGUGCUUGGGGAGCUGCACGGCGCCUGACAACAACACGGCUUGCGUGGCCUGCCGCAAUUACUACUAUGAAGGAGUCUGCAUGCCCACCUGCCCUCCCAACACCUACAAAUUCGAGGGCUGGCGCUGCGUGACUAAGGAGUUCUGCUCCAAAGUCCCUGCCACCGAAACAAGUGAAUACGAGAGGUUUGUGAUUCACAAUGAUGAGUGCAUGGCAGAGUGCCCCUCUGGAUUCAUACGCAACGGGAGCCAAAGUAUGUUCUGCAGUCCUUGUGAAGGGCCGUGCCCCAAAAUUUGUGAGGACGGGAAAACGAAGACCAUUGACUCUGUCACAUCAGCACAAAUGUUGCAGGGAUGCACGAUUCUCAAGGGGAAUUUGCUGAUUAACAUCCGUCGUGGAAAUAACAUCGCUUCAGAACUGGAGAAUUUUAUGGGUCUGAUUGAGACAGUAACAGGGUACGUGAAGAUUCGCCAUUCCCAUGCAUUAGUCUCCCUGUCUUUCUUGAAGAACCUGCGGUAUAUUCUGGGAGAGGAGCAAGUGGACGGGAAUUAUUCUUUUUAUGUGCUCGAUAACCACAAUCUUCAGCAGCUGUGGGACUGGAACCAUCAUAACUUGACGAUCAAGGAGGGGAAAAUGUACUUUGCAUUUAAUCCUAAACUGUGUGUUUCUGAGAUCUACCGUAUGGAGGAAGUUUCGGGAACCAAAGGGCGACAGAGCAAAGGAGAUAUAAACCCAAGGAACAAUGGGGAGAGAGCCUCUUGCGAGAGCCACAUUCUGCGUUUUGUUUCCAACACUACACUGAAGAAUCGGAUUAAACUAACGUGGGAACGGUAUCGCCCUCCAGAUUACAGAGAUCUCAUUAGCUUCACUGUUUACUACAAAGAAGCGCCAUUUAAAAAUGUGACGGAGUACGAUGGUCAAGAUGCAUGUGGCUCCAAUAGCUGGAACAUGGUUGAUGUUGACCUGCCACCAAACAAAGAGAACAACCCUGGAAUUUUACUGCAGGGAUUGAAACCUUGGACUCAGUAUGCCAUCUAUGUCAAGGCUGUUACCCUCACAAUGAUGGAAAACCAUCAUAUUCAUGGAGCAAAAAGUGAAAUAGUUUAUAUACGAACCAAUGCUGCUGUGCCAUCCAUUCCCUUGGAUGUUAUUUCAGCAUCCAACUCCUCUUCCCAACUGAUUGUGAAAUGGAAUCCUCCCUCUCUUCCCAAUGGCAAUCUCUCGUACUAUAUUGUGCGAUGGCAGCAGCAACCUCAGGACAGUUAUCUUUACAGACACAAUUACUGCUCCAAAGAUAAAGUCCCAAUUCGAAGAUACGCUGAUGGGACCAUUGAUACAGAAGAAGCUACUGAACCCACCAAGCCAGAGGGCUGUGGGGGAGAAAAAGGACCUUGUUGUGCUUGUCCCAAGACAGAGGCAGAGAAGCAAGCUGAGAAGGAGGAAGCAGAGUACCGGAAGGUCUUUGAGAACUUCCUUCACAACUCCAUCUUUGUCCCCAGACCUGAUCGGAAGCGGAGGGACGUGUUUCGAAUUGCAAAUGCCACUUUGGCCACUCGAAACAGGAACACGACUGGGACAGAUCACUUCACCAAUGUUUCUGACGCGGAGGAGAGUGAGGUGGAAUACCCGUUCUUCGAGACCAAAGUGGAUGGCAAGGAGAGAACUGUCAUCUCCCAUCUCCAGCCUUUUACUCUUUACCGCAUUGAUAUUCACAGCUGCAACCAUGAAGCUGACACACUUGGCUGCAGUGCUUCCAACUUUGUCUUUGCAAGAACCAUGCCUUCAGAGGGAGCAGAUAACAUUCCAGGAACAGUAGCAUGGGAAGCAAAAGAAGAAAACACCGUCUACCUGAGGUGGUUAGAGCCCACCAAUCCCAAUGGGCUGAUACUAAUGUAUGAAAUCAAAUAUGGGCAGCAUGGAGAGGAGAAGCGGGAAUGUGUUUCCAGACAGGAAUACAAGAAGCUCGGGGGAGCUAAACUAACUCAUCUGAACCCCGGAAACUAUUCUGCUAGAGUUCAGGCCACUUCGUUAGCUGGAAAUGGGUCAUGGACCGAGCCAGUCUCUUUCUAUGUACAACCCAAAUCAGCAAACUAUGGAAACUUCCUGCAUUUGAUAAUUGUGCUUCCCAUUGCUUUCCUGCUCAUCAUUGGGGGUUUACUAAUAAUGCUGUACGUCUUUAACAAGAAGAGGAACAGUGACAGACUGGGCAAUGGGGUACUUUAUGCUUCUGUGAACCCCGAGUACUUCAGUGCUUCAGACGUGUACGUUCCAGACGAGUGGGAGGUGCCUCGCGAGAAGAUCACCAUGUGUCGGGAGCUUGGGCAGGGCUCCUUUGGGAUGGUGUAUGAGGGGAUAGCCAAGGGAGUGGUGAAGGAUGAGCCAGAGACCAGGGUGGCCAUCAAAACUGUCAAUGAGUCUGCAAGCAUGCGUGAGAGGAUAGAGUUCUUAAAUGAGGCCUCAGUAAUGAAGGAGUUCAAUUGUCACCAUGUGGUUCGGUUGCUUGGUGUUGUUUCUCAGGGCCAGCCUACCCUAGUUAUCAUGGAGCUGAUGACACGUGGGGACCUCAAAAGUUAUCUGAGAUCGUUGAGGCCAGACACAGAGAAUAAUCCUGGCCAGACACCUCCAACUCUGAAGAAGAUGAUUCAAAUGGCAGGAGAGAUUGCUGAUGGGAUGGCAUACCUCAACGCCAACAAGUUUGUUCACAGAGAUCUUGCUGCGAGAAACUGCAUGGUGGCAGAAGAUUUCACGGUGAAAAUUGGAGAUUUUGGCAUGACAAGAGAUAUCUACGAGACAGAUUAUUACCGUAAAGGAGGAAAAGGUUUGCUGCCGGUCCGCUGGAUGUCCCCAGAAUCACUGAAAGAUGGAGUCUUCACAACGCACUCCGAUGUCUGGUCUUUUGGUGUUGUACUUUGGGAGAUCGCAACGUUAGCGGAGCAGCCGUACCAAGGCAUGACCAACGAGCAAGUGCUCCGCUUUGUGAUGGAAGGAGGUCUGCUGGAAAAACCGGACAACUGUCCCGAUAUGCUGUUUGAACUGAUGCGCAUGUGCUGGCAGUACAAUCCGAAAAUGAGGCCCUCCUUCCUGGAAAUAAUCGGGAGCAUUAAAGACGAGCUGGAUCCAGCAUUCAAAGAGGUCUCCUUCUUCUACAGUGAAGAGAACAAGCCUCCGGACACAGAGGAGCUUGACCUGGAGACUGAAAACAUGGAGAGCAUUCCUUUAGAUCCCUCCUCCACCCUCCAACCCACUGACAAGCACUCAGGACACAAAGCCGAGAACGGCCCAGGCGUGGUGGUCCUUCGGGCCAGCUUCGAGGAGAGACAGCCGUACGCACACAUGAACGGGGGACGCAAGAAUGAGAGGGCCUUACCGUUGCCCCAGUCUUCGGCCUGCUGAUCCUUAGAACCAGAAUCUCACAGAAACAAAACAGAAAAAAACACACGUAUUGGGGGAAGAAAGAAAGAAAAUUACAAUAUAUUCAAAGCCUACUGUACCUCAGUGGAUCUUCAGAACUGCCAUAGCUGCACUUGGGAGAACCCUUUUUUCAGUAAACAAGUUAUCGUUUUUUCUUUUUCAAUAUGCAAGCAGAUGUUUGUUUCAGUAAAGGACUCCAUUCAUGGGGCACACAGUUGGCCUUUUAAAACUCUAAUGUUAACACUUAAUAGCAACAGAAAACUUGAGAUCUGAUGUCUCUCUCUCUCUUUCUUCUCUCUCUCUCUUUCUGUCUCUGUCUUUGCUUCAUAAUGGGAAACAUAUCUGCGUGCAAGUUCAACCGUACAGCACUUUUAUCAGAUCAAAGAUAUCGCAGGCCAGGUGGCUCCCCAGUACCUUUGCAAGCACCUGCCUAACACUGUAGGUCUUUAUUAAAAAACAAAAAAAACAAAACAAAAAAACACAUACAAAAAAAAAAAAGAAACAAAAAAAUAACAAAAACACACACAAAAAAAUACAAAAAAAAAUUUAAAAGACUGGAUUUUUAAUGUUGCUCUUUAAUCUUUUUAGGAACACGUAAAAGAAUAAAAAAGGGCCAUCAUUCGUCCAAGGUUGUUACCAUUUUCAACGCUGCCAAAUUUUGCCAAAAAACUGAACUCUGUUUUUUGUUUUUGUUUUUUUUUGUAGGCAUGGAAGGAGCACAGUAAUCAACUGCUCUGUUUAAAGGAGAUCCUGACCAAUAAAUUCUAUUCAAUCAUACACUGGUAUUUAAAAUAAAAACAAAAAUUAAAUUGUCUAGACCUUUUUUCAAAACUGGACAAAAUGUGAUUUUUUUCUUGCGAUGGAGAAGAUAAAAGGGAUGGGGUAAAGAAACAGCCCUCUCUCCACUCCUGUCCCCAUCCCUACGCAUUCUGGACAAAACUGGCAGUGGUGAGCUAAACAAACGUGUGCAUUUUGUACAAAAAAAUUCAACCGCACGCCAAAAAUGAAA